GAUAAGAAUUUAUCCACUAAUACAAUUAGACUUUAUCUGAAUGUCUUAGAUAAAUUCCCGCAAGAAUUCACCACCCAAAGUUUAAAAGAAUAUUUUCGCACUAAUCUGAAAAAGUAUGAAGCCACCAGUCUCAAACUGCAACAAAGAGCCUUCAACUCUUAUCUCAAAUUUAAGAAUGAGGAGGAGUUAAAGCAGUUAAAAGAUGCUAAGGCUCAACUUUUAACUAUUCAACAACUCUUAGGUCAUAGUAGUGUUCAAACCACUGAGAAAUAUAUUCAGUAUGAUUGA